AUGCGUGUGAGUGUGGCCGUGGCCAUGGCCGUGGCCGGUGAGGCCAGCUCCCCCAAGGACGGCAGUGCCCUGGCUGUGCCCCAAGGUCCCGCCCACAGAGGCAUCUCCACUGAUCUGAAGAGCCUCCUCCCCGUCUUCUCCUACCAGGAGCCAAGCCCCACUGACCCCACCACAGCCGCGUCCACCCCGUCUGUCUGCUCCAGCGCCCUGAGCUGGCAGCGGCUCUGCCUGCCCGGUUCCUGCACCGGCUCCUGCUGGCAGGUGGACGACUGCCCAGAGAGCUGCUGCGAGCCCCCCUGCUGCGCCCCCAGCUGCUGCGCCCCGGCCCCCUGCCUGACCCUCGUCUGCACCCCGGUGAGCUGCGUGUCCAGCCCCUGCUGCCCACCAGCCUGCACCAGCCCCUGCACGGCCCCGUGCUGCCAGCAGUCUAGCUGCCAGCCCUCCUGCUGCACCUGCUCCCCCUGCCAGCAGGCCUGCUGUGUGCCCAUCUGUCGCAAGCCUGUCUGCUGCACACCUGUCUGUCGCAAGCCUGUCUGCUGCACACCUGUCUGCUGCAAGCCCGUCUGUUACACGCCUGUGUGCUGCGAGCCCGUGUGCUGUGAGGCCACCCCCUGCUCAGCCCCCUCAUGCUGCCAGCCCACCCCCUGCCCCUCGUCCUGCUUCAGACCCUCCUCCUCUGUGUCCUUGCUCUGCCACCCCGUGUGUUCCUGCCCGGCCUGCUGUGAUCUUCCUUCCACUCUCAAUAUUGUUCCAGGACACCCGGAGCUGAAGGCCCCUCCCCGUGGGAUAUGCCAGCAGGGUGAGGACCUGGCUGCCUCCUUAACUCCCCAGACGGCCCGUCUGACCCUGGGGAUGGCUCCAGCCCAAUCUCCUGGCCUCCCCCUCAGGGAUGGGCUGUCCUCCAUGCCCCUGCCCAGGGGCACCAGGAGCAGGCGGGCACUGUCCUCCGGGCAUAAACCCUGGGACCCCCUCACAGCCACAGCAACCUCACCAGGAGCCACCAUGGUGUCCCCCCCGAGGGAAUCACGGCCACACGUGUCCCCUGACCCGCCAUCAGGGAACCUGCAGAAGGAACAGCUGGACCACAGCCCAGCCCAGCCCAACACCAGCCUCUUCAAGGGCCGUACCCCGGGCAGGCAGUCAGCCAGCCCCCCCGCCCCCACCACGGCCGCGUCCACCCCGUCCGUCUGCUCCAGCGCCCUGAGCUGGCAGCGGCUCUGCCUGCCCGGUUCCUGCACCGGCUCCUGCUGGCAGGUGGACGACUGCCCAGAGCGCUGCUGCGAGCCCCCCUGCUGCGCCCCCAGCUACUGCGCCCCGGCCCCCUGCCUGACCCUCGUCUGCGCCCCAGUGAGCUGUGUGUCCAGCCCCUUCUGCCCACCAGCCUGCACCAGCCCCUGCACGGCCCCGUGCUGCCAGCAGUCUAGCUGCCAGCCCUCCUGCUGCACCUGCUCCCCCAGCCAGCAGGCGUGCUGUGUGCCCACCUGCUGCAAGCCCGUCUGUUGCACACCUGUGUGCUGCGAGCCCGUGUGCUGUGAGGCCGCCCCCUACUCGGCCCCCUCGUGCUGCCAGCCCACCCCCUGCCCCUCGUCCUGCUGCAGACCCUCCUCCUCCGUGUCCCUCCUCUGCCGCCCCGCCUGCUGUGCCCCCACCGCCUCCUGCCAGCCCAGCUGCUGCCGCCCGGCCUCCUCCGUGUCCCUGCUCUGCCGCCCGGUGUGCUCCCGCCCCACCUGCUGCGUCCCCAACUCGGGCACGUCCUGCUCCUGA